AAAACCAAAAAAAGUAGCUGCAUGAGAGGGUCUCUAGAGUACCCACCACUCCACCUUCCUCCUCCCUAACUUAAACAACUUUUGGCUCAAUAUCAUCCUUUUGAUGUAUUCAUCUAUUCCCUAUAAUAUUAUUCUCUUGCAGCUUUUCUUCUCGUCAAACUCUUGGCGAAUAGGACAAUAACAACUCUGUGAUUCUUCGUUUCAUAAGAAUAUUGUUAGGUGAAAUGGAACAAGCAAAAUAUUGGAUGAGCGCGAAGCGCAAACAUGACAUGAUAUUAUCAAACAAUCAUUCAACAUAUGGUGAUUCGUGGGAGGAGCAAGCUUUUGCUGAAGAUGCAGCUGGAGCUCUUGGAGGGUGCGUAUGGCCACCAAGAUCUUAUACUUGUAGCUUUUGUAGAAGAGAAUUCAGGUCAGCUCAAGCUCUCGGUGGCCAUAUGAAUGUUCAUAGGAGGGAUAGAGCAAGAAUGAAACAAUCUCCUCCGUCUAAUAAUCCAUCUGGUCAUGAUCAUCAAGUAUUUGUUCCUCCUCCUCUUACUCAUCAUCAUCACAAUAGCCAUCUUCAAUACCCUUCUCAAAUUCAUACCUUUAUGUACAAACCUAAUCCCGACUCUGACUCUGGAGCUCAAAUUAGGGUUUCGUCUCAAAGGACCUUAGCAACCCAUCAUCAUUCUUCCUUUUCAUCAAUUGUCCAGGAAGAAAACAAGAACAAGUUGUCAUCACCUCCUUCUUCAUGGUCAAACUCGGUGGCUGACAAAUAUUCUUCUCUCUCAAAUGUGAAAAAUGAUGAUGAGAAGAAGUUGAAAUCUAUAGAUUUCAAGAAAGAUCCAGAGAGUAAUCUUGAAGUCAUGAUAGACUCCGUCUUUAGGGCAAAACAAGACCAUGUUGAGGAAACUGCUACCUGCAAAAGAAGGAGAGUUGAGGAGACUAAUAGUAUUUCACUUGCAAAUCUCUUUCCUAAAACAAGUUCAUCAAUAGAAAGAUGUCGUCCACAAUCAGAAGCACUUGAAAGGAUCCCUAGUGCCAUAGAGGAAUUGGAUCUUGAAUUGAGGCUUUGAACAUUCUAAAUUAAGGUGAAGUGAAUUUCAAAAAAAAAGUUACUACUCUUAUGACAACAGCAACUUGUGAUCUCUUGCUGAUCAUUUCUUUCUGUGUGUUUCACUCUUCCUCUCCUCUUUCUUUCUUUCACGUUUUCUGAUUCUUAAGCUAAACUUGAAGAGUGUAAGAAUGACUUAAGAGUUAAGAUGUUAUGAAAGGCUUCAAAUAUUUCUCUAAGCAUGAGAAAGGUCUCUUGUCAAAUGUUUUGAGUGUGUAACUUAGAUUUAUGGAUUUUAUGCUAAUUUGCAUAGGUGUCUCCAAGAAAGUUAACACAACAUGAUCGAUGAAUUCUAGGUGUCUAGACGAAGAAUUUGUCGAUUUCUCAAACCAUGAUGUAUUAGU